AUGCGCCGUUUUGCCUCUGUUGCCUCGACCUUUACUGCGGCCGCCGCGGCGUCCCGCUUCGCGUCGACGAUGACGGUCCGCGAUGCCCUGAACAGCGCCCUGGACGAGGAGCUCGCGCGCGAGAAGACGGUCUUUGUCCUCGGCGAGGUCGGCCAGUACCAGGGCGCCUACAAGGUGACAAAAGGCCUCGUGGACAAGUACGGCACCGACCGUGUCAUUGACACCCCCAUCACAGAGCAUGGCUUCACUGGCAUGGCCGUCGGCGCCGCGAUGAAUGGCUUGCGUCCGGUCUGCGAGUUCAUGACCUUCAACUUUGCCCUCCAGGCCAUUGACCAGAUUGUGAACUCCGCGGGCAAGGGCCUUUACAUGUCUGGCGGUCAGCUGAAGUGCCCGAUUGUCUUUCGCGGCCCCAACGGCGCCUCUGCGGGUGUUGGCGCGCAGCACUCCCAGUGCUUCGCCUCCUGGUACGGCUCCGUCCCUGGCCUGAAGGUGUUCGCGCCCUUCAACUGUGAGGACGCGCGCGGCAUGCUCAAGGCCGCCAUCCGCGAUGACAAUCCUGUUGUGAUUCUUGAGCACGAGCUGCUCUACGGCGAGUCCUUCCCCGUCUCCGAUGAGGCCGCCGACAAGGACUUUGUCAUUCCCUUUGGCAAGGCGAUUGAGCGCGAGGGCACGGAUGUCACCCUCAUCGGCUUCUCCCGCGGCGUCGAGCUGUGCCUCAAGGCCGCCGAUGAGCUGGCCAAGACCGGCGUGAAGGCCGAGGUCAUCAACCUCCGCUCGAUCCGCCCGCUCGACCGCGAAACCAUCCUCAAGUCCAUCAAGAAAACCCACCGCGCGGUCACCGUGGACGAGUCCUUCCCCGUCUGCAACAUCGGCGCUGAGAUCUGCGCGAUGGUGAUGGAGAGCGACACGUUCGACUACCUCGAUGCCCCAAUGGAGCGUGUCUCCUGCGCGGACUGCCCCACGCCUUGCAAAGAGAUUGAGGCGGCCUCGCAGCCGCAGGUGGCCGAUGUGGUCGCCGUCGCCAAGCGCGUUCUCGCCUAG